AUGCAUGGCCAGAGAGGCGUCGGCACUCCUCGGCACGGAGAGGUGCCAAAGGUGGAAGUGGAACCAGCAGCAGGGGGCGGCUUUCUCGGCUACAGUUACUCCGCCGCCCGCGCCGAUUACGACGUCGCCGUCGUGGCCGCAGCGCUCACGCACGUCGUCUGCGCCACAGAGCCACCGCGCGGCGGCGAGGCGGCGGCGGCGGCGGCUCUUCCGCCGGGGCCGCGGCAAGGAGGAGGGACGACGGAGCUGCAGGCGCGGGCACAGUACAGGGGCGUGAGGCGGCGGCCGUGGGGCAAGUGGGCGGCCGAGAUACGGGACCCGGAGAAGGCGGCGCGCGUGUGGCUCGGCACGUUCGCCACGCCGGAGGAGGCCGCCCGCGCCUACGACGCCGCCGCGCGCAGGUUCAAGGGCGCCAAGGCCAAGCUCAACUUCCAGACGACGGCGACGGCGACGUCGUCGUCACCCCAGAUGCCGGCCGCGUCGUCGUCGUCGUCCUCUGCCACGGAGACGUUGGAGGAGUUCCCUGACCUCGACCAGUACCUGCACAUACUCCAGAGCAGCGACGUCGACGUGCGGGCCGUCGCGGCCGGGCUGCCGCUGAUGAACCGGCUGCCGCCAGUGGACGGUCGUCAAGACCAUGGCAGCAGCAGCAGAGCGAGCAGCGGGCGCUAG